AUGGUUGCUUCACUUAUAGCUUCUGGUGCAACUGCUGGAGCGGUCACAGAUCCAAGUUCACAAGAUCCAACCGGUAAAACUGCUGCAUCUAUUGCAGCCUCCCAUGGCCAUAAGGGACUAGCAGGUUAUCUUUCGGAGGUACACCUGACAAGCCAUUUGUCAUCCCUCACAUUGACAGAGAGUGACAUUUCUAAAAGAUCUUCUGAGCUUGAAGCCGAGUUCACUGUUUGUAGUGUCUCUAAAGAAAAUCUUAUGGCCAAUGAGGAUCAGGUUUCACUAAAAGCUUCCUUGGAUGCUGUCAGAAAUGCAGCUCAGGCAGCUGCACGGAUACAAGCUGCUUUUCGUGCGCAUUCUUUUAGAAAAAGGAAAGAAAGAGAAGCUGCCGCCAGAUUUCUAGAUGGAUAUUGUAGUGAAGCUGAUGGCAACGUUUCAGUGCUUUCUGCCAUAUCAAACCUUAGUUCUCGGAGCUUGGGUGAUUACCAUGUAGCUGCCUUGUCGAUUCAGAAGAAAUAUCGAGGGUGGAAAGGUCGGAAAGAAUUCUUAGCAUUGCGCCAGAAAGUAGUUAAGAUACAGGCCAUUGUGAGGGGUUACCAGGUUCGGAAGCAAUACAAGUUACUAUUAUGGGCAGUUGGAAUCUUGAACAAGGUUGUGCUCCGAUGGAGGAGAAAACGAGUUGGCAUAAGUAGUGUCCGGCAAGAAAUUGAAUCAAAUGAAGAAGAAAGUGAUGAUGAAGAUUUUCUCAACGUGUUCCGAAAAGAGAAAGUAAACGCAGCAAUUGAGAAGGCUUUGAAGCGGGUGCUUUCCAUGGUCAAGUCUAAGGGUGCUCGUCAGCAAUACAGGCGCUUGCUUUCAUUGUAUCGUCAAGCCAAGCCUGAAUGUGACAGCACAAGUGAUAAAGCACCGUUAUCAACUUCGGCAGACGAUGACUGGAAUCAGAUUUUGGAGAACAUCUGGCCUUCCUAG